CGCCGCGGUGUGACCCGAAGGCCUCAGCACUUGUCGGGACUGCAAGUGAUCCGAGACCUGUGCGACGGGCAGCUGGAGGGGGCGGAGAUCGGCUCCACGGAGAUCCUGUUCACCCCCGGGAAGAUCAGAGGCGGCACCCACGCGGCGGACACCAAGACGGCGGGGAGCGUGUGCCUCUUGCUGCAGGUGUCCCUGCCCUGUGUCCUGUUCGCUGCGUCUCCAUCAGAACUGCGUCUGAGAGGCGGGACCAAUGCCGAGAUGGCACCGCAGAUCGAUUACACGGCCAUGGUCUUCAAGCCAAUUGCUGAAAAAUUUGGUUUCAAAUUAAAUUGUGACAUUAAAAUGAGGGGCUACUACCCAAAAGGGGGUGGUGAAGUGAUUGUCCAGGUGUCACCAGUCAAACAAUUGAACCCAAUAAAUAUAACUGAACGUGGCUCUGUGACUAAGAUAUAUGGGAGAGCUUUCGUUGCUGGUGUUUUGCCAUUUAAAGUGGCGAAGGAGAUGGCGGCCGCGGCUGUGAGGAGCAUCAGGAAGGAGUUCAGGGAUCUGUACGUGAACGUCCAGCCCGUCCAGGAGCCGAGAGACCAAGCCUUUGGCAAUGGCAGUGGAAUCAUCAUUGUUGCUGAGACGUCCACGGGCUGCCUGCUGGCUGGGUCAUCGCUUGGCAAACGAGGUGUAAAUGCAGACAAGGUUGGAAUCGAAGCUGCCGAAAUGCUCUUAGCAAACCUUAGACACGGUGGUGCCGUGGAUGAGUAUCUGCAAGACCAGCUGAUCAUUUUCAUGGCCUUGGCCAGCGGAGUUUCCAGAAUAAAGACGGGGCCAGUUACACUCCACACACAAACGGCUAUCCAUUUCGCUGAACAGCUAGCCAAGGCUAAAUUUACUGUGAAGAAGUCAGAAGAAGAAGAAGACGCCUCUAAAGACGCUUACAUUAUCGAGUGCCAAGGGAUCGGGGUGACAAAUCCACAUCUGUAGGGUGCUGCCUUUUGAAUGACACCUCAGUCAUCUGUUGUACUAACUCAUUUCGUAAAUGCUACAAACUAUGAUUAAGCAGUAACUUAUUAAAGGACCCGACGUGCACCCGGAGGCGGGGUGCGGGGUGUUCUGGAUUCCCUGAGAGCACGUCAUCACGUGCGCCUGACUCCGGAUGUCUCCUGGCACGUGGACAGUGAGGUACACACGUUGGCGGCUGUGUCCGACAGCUGAUUUCAGUAGGAGAGUAUCGAUAUAAAGUAUUCUUUUCCCCUGAAGUGAGUGCGCUUUUCUUUUUUAUGGAAUAAAUUAAGUCAGGGGUGUCGAGUGGACCUUGA